ACGACAAGCAUCAAACUAUCAACUCGACUGGAUUAUUAUUUUACACGUGGUGAGUUUUUUGUAUCAAAUUUUUCGUUAUAAAUUCUAUGUAAAGAUAUAAUUAUUGAGGUGAUAUUCAUUGGUAUUAAAUUGUAAACGAGUAGAAACAUAAUUCAAGAUGCCGGAGCUUAUAGAGCAGAUGUACAGCUCUCAACAGAUUGUGAUACCACCUAAGUAUCCUUAUAUACUGAAAAGAUAUUGCAAAGCGGCUAUAAAAACUCAACCCUACGACCUUCUACGGUGGUCGUUUGAGUACUUCAAGGCGCUAUCGGAGCAUCGGCCCCCGCCCGUCAAGUUACGCCUGGAGUAUCCCGUCUACAGCACUGAGGGGGGACUGACUAGAGGAUGUCUGAAGGUGCUAGCUCAUCAGCUCAGCGGCAUGGUAGAAAUCCCCACGUCAACCUUGAGGCAGGCGUGGAACGGGUUCUGUUUAGACUACAUGGAGCUGCAGAGGAUCCUGUGUCUCUGUGAGGUCUACCAGAGGAAGGAUCAUGUACCGUUCUUCCAUUUCCUGGCAGUCGCCGGUGGAAUGCUGACCAAGUGUCUAACCCACACCAUGAUCCUACUCUGCGAGUCCUUAACCAAGGAGCCCGAUGGUGGCUCAGCAGCUAUUCCUGUCGAGGAUUUCAUCACCAUGUACAAAUACCUGGCGUUAAUAGACGCGUCUAAGGAUGUGCAGUACCAUAAUGGGCAUAGGGAAGGGAAUGAGCCCCAUUCAGAGAUAGAAGAAGAGGAAGAAACUCCGCCAGCUUCUGAACAGUCCGAAUCUGUGAAGGCAGACGAUUAUUGGGAAGACCAAGACCUUCAAAUGUUGACCCUCAUAGAUGACCACGUAGCCAAAACAGCCAGGUUGAGUACAAAACUCAACCUCCCGACAAUUGGCAAGAUAGAGAGAUCUCCUUCCAUAGAACGGAUGACAGAGGCAGAGAGAGAAAAUUACAUGCGGGAGAGAAUGGGAAAACCUAUGCCAGAUGAAGAGAUUGAUAAAAAACUGAAACAUCUUAGUACAACAAAAUUACAAGAAUCGGGAAUGUUGAAAUCCGAGAUUGCAGUUGAAGCGGAGGUGGAGGUUGAGGAAAAGAGGGAAGUAAUAGACAUCUUCGUGUUUGAUGAAGAGGAUAACCCAGUCAAAUAUGAAGUCUAUGGGGAGCCUAAAGAAGAGCCUAAAGAAGUAGUGACAGACACAGAAGGAACUGAAGCUGCCACUGACAAGUCGGAGGAAGAUGUUGUAGUGAAAGAAGUAGAAGAACCUCCCACUGCCGCACAGACCGAUAAAGAACGAGUCGCGUUGUUCUUAGCUGAAAUAGAGCAAGUGCGUGAAGAUCGUCUGAGUGAUUUAAUAGAGACAUUCGACGAACUAGCAGUUCUGGUGGACAGAUUCAGAACUGCUAACUAUGAUCUCGGCAUGGUGGCUGGGCGUCAGAUGUCGACCACCAGUGGGGAGUUCAUAGUCCAGCACAUUGAACAUGAGAUAAUGGCGUACAUUGAUGAGCAGAUCGCCAUAUUGCCAGACCCUGAUUUGAAGAAGAAGAAGGCAAAACCAGAGGAAGUAGCAAUGGUGAGGGAUAUCUUAGAGACGUUCCUGGAUGAGAACAUGGAUAUCAUAAUACCAGAAGUGGAAGAAGUUGAGGAAGAAGAGGUUCCCAUACCUGAUAUAAUAGUGGUGUACGCUGUCCCUGGUAUCGGUCCUCCGGUGGACAGUGACAUCAUGGCAGACUUUGAGGAGUACAUCCGGGAGGUGACCAAGGUGCAGGCAGAUAUGGUGAUGCCCAGGAACAUCAGGCACUUCCUCUGCCCACCGCUUGAGAAGUACAUCGAGACGGAUUACGAAACAAAUGAAAAAAUAAAUUCAGACCAGGUUCCUGUUGGUGGUACUAUUGCUGAAUAACUUUAAACUUUAAUGUUAUUAAUAUAGAGUCCAUUUUUUAUUGCACGGAGACACUAUUCUGAAUCUAUGUUGAUCAUGAGAUCGGUACAUACAAUAUAUAUAAUAUAGAUACUGAUAAUAUCUAUAACAUAAAAAUAAGUCGGGUUUUCCUUCCUGAUGCUAUAACUCCAGAACGCACGAACUGAUUGCCACGGUUUUGCAUUCGUCGGAAAGGUUUCGGAUUCCGUGAGGUUUAUAGCAAAGAAAAUUUAGGAAAAAUUCAAGAGAAAAGCAGGAAAACAGAGAAAAUCAUUGGUGGCGUAACGGAGUUCGUCGGGUUUGCUAGUAUAUCAAUAUAUACUAAUAUUAUCUAUACUAAUAUUAUAAAGCUGAAGAGUUUGUUUGUUUGAUUGUUUGUUUGUUUGAACGCGCUAAUCUCCAGAACUACUGGUCCGAUUUAAAUAAUUCUUUUUGUGUUGAAUAGUGCAUUUAUCGAGGAAGGCUAUAGGCUUUAAAACAUCACGCUAUGACCAAUAGGAGCCAAGCAGAGCGGGUGAAACCGCGCGGAAGUAGCUAGUUUAAAAUAAACCUUAAUUACCAUAGCAUACAUAUGAAAAUGGCAUGCUUAACACGUUAACUGUGCAGCU